AUGAACAAAAAUUAAUGUUAUUUGCCUAAUCAAAAAUAGUUUUAUGCUCCAAUCGUUUUGACAAUAAAUAUGAUGUAUCUUUCAGGGAUGAUCUCAUUAGCUUUAAACUCUGAAUUAUAAAAUGGAAUUUUAUACUUUGGUUGUUUUGUUGGAUCAAGAUUAUACAAGUAAAAAAUAUAUUUAUAAUCAGAUACAUUUAGUAAUUUUCAAAUCGUGUAAUAUUUUACUUUUCAGAUUUGCUAUUUUUGGCUUCAUUUUUCGUGAUCUAUUUUGUAAUUACUAAAUUUAGUACAUAAAACCUAUAUUGUGAAUAUUUGAUAUGUAUUUUUAUUAUCGGGAUUGCUGGAGGUAUCAAUUUAAUAUAAGUGUUGAUGUAUUUGAGAUUGAAAUAUACUGAUGAAGCUAUCUCCUUUUUUUCAUUAUUCAUACCAUUAUAAUUUGCUAUAGGGAGUAUAAUAUAUGCUUUUGUAAAUAUUGAUCAAGAAAAGUUAAUGGCAUCCCCGGCAUUCCCUAUUAUGACUGCUGUUAGAAUAUUAUUGAUAUCAAUAAUACCAUUUUCAGGUUUAUCAUAAAAUGUGAAAUAAAUGGAGGAAACAUCUUAAAAUAAUUAAACAGCAGAUUUAUAAUUAAAUUAAACAGAAGAAUAAGUGGGAAGUGAGAAAUUUCUUUAAGCCUUUUUAAAAAACUUCAAAUAUUUAAUUUUAGUAAUAAUAUUUUAGACUUCCUCAACGCCAUUUUAAUAUCAUCCAUUACAAUUAUUUAUUGUUCUAUUUAAUAUGAUAUUUUAUCAAUAUAUAGAUAAGAAUAAAAUGAUUGUAUUAGGUCAAAUUAGUGUAUGUUUUGGAUACUGUAUGAAUAUGACUAUUUUUUCAGCUUCAGGAUAUUAUUUGGGGUUAGGUAGUCUUUUUUAUCCAAUAAUUUGUAAAAUAUCAAGUUCUGAAUUAAUAAUGAUUUCUGAAAUUAGUUGGAUAGUAAGAUUAUCAACAAUGUGUUUUAUAGCAGUAAUGUAAAAGAUAAGUUACAAUUUAUUUUUAUUGGAUAGUGAUGUCCAAAAUAAUGUAUUCUUUAUUCUCAAUUUUGUAAGUUUGAUUUUGUUAAUUUCAUUACUAUUUUUUUCGGUAAAAUAUUAUAAUAAUUUAUUAUAGAAAAAAAAUGAAAAAAAUAAAGUUGAGUUAGAAAUGAUAUUGGGAGUACAAACAAGAGGAGAACUUAAUUGA